UGCUGCUUCUUCUCCACCACACACACUUUCCCCCCAUUCCCCAUGAGCUGCGAGAUGAGCCGCCGGCGCCGCCGCCGUCCAUCCUCGCCGGCAGCCGCGCCGCCGCUGGAGGACGAGAACCUCCUUUCUGAGAUCCUCCUCCGCCUCCCCCCAGAUCCGUCCUCCGUCGUCUCCAAGCGUUGGCGACGCCUCAUCUCCGACCCCGGCUUCUCCCGCCGCUUCCGCCUCCACCACCACCGCAACCCUCCUCUCAUCGGGUCCUUCAGCCAUUUAUACUUUGCAUCUAGCAUGGAGGCCCCCAAUCGUGUCCCGGAUGGCCACUUUUGCUUGCAGGUCGACGAAGACGAGGUCAACGACAACUUCAUAUGCCUCGGGUGCCGCCAUGGCCUCGUGCUCAUCUUCCAUGUGAGGCGGCUCCAGGUCCUGGUGUGGGACCCCGUCACCAGCGAACUGCAUCGCAUUGCCACUCCCCCGGGAUUCGAUGCGAAGAAGGUGCCGAUCAGUGGGGCGGUGCUUCGCGCUGCUGGAGACAUCCAACACUUCCAGGUGGUAUUGGUAACCACGGAGACAGACGACCAACAGCAUACACGAGCGAUGGCUCAGGUUUACUCGUCGGAGACUGGCGAAUGGGGUGAUAUCUUCUCAACAAUGCUUCCACCCAAGGCUUCUAGGCACGAACUUCCCACCAUGAUCGCAAUAGAAUCUCCUGCUGUCCUAGUUGGGCACUCCCUUUACUGGUUGCUUACUGACAGUCGGGCUGGCAUCCUCAAGUUUGAUCUGGAUAGGCAGAGCUUAAGCGUGAUACAUGUGCCAGUGAAUAUCUAUGCUAAUGGUAAUUGGCAAUUCGCGGUUAUGCCGGCGGAGGGUGGUGGGCUUGGUGGCCUCUUUCUGUCAAAAUUCACUGCCCAAUUAUGGAAGUGGAAGGCCGGUUCUGAUGGUGUUGCGUCAUGGGUGCUGGGAAAAACCAUUGAGCUAGACAAGCUACUUUCCAUUAGUUCAAAGAAGAGAGGGCCUCCGAUGGUAGUAGGGUUUGCUGAGGACAAUAAUGUGGUGUUCCUGUGGACAGAAAUGGACGUGUUCACGAUCCAGCUUCAGUCAUUGCAGUUCAAGAACCUUGGUGAAACUAACUUCUUGUCUCGCUAUCAUCCACUUGAAAGUGUGUAUGCUGCAGGCAUGGGCAUUGGUGGUGGACGUGGUGGAGCUGAACUUCUGCCCAAUACAUAAGAUGAUUGGUCCGAUAGAUAUGCUAUCGUGAUGCAUUUGAUUGAGCAGGUAAUCUUAUCUUCAAGUACUAACUGAAUGAAACAUAUUCCUUUGUCGUUGUUACAUGGAUAUAUUUAUGCUUUACUUUUACUGGUUGCUACAUUGCAUUUGAUAUUUUUAUGGCUAUGGAUUUAUCGAGAGUGACUGCAGCUUGUUUGCUGUUCCUUCUGCGCAGUUAAUUGAUAACCAACAAUACCUAGUACGAUUAACUUCCCUUGUAGCAACUGCCAUUACACAUUGCUGUCCAUUUGGGAUCUUUGUAAUACCUACUGUUUGCUUGUAGUUAUUGUACAAUUAUACUAGUCUAGGUCUCUUAGGCAAGUUGGUUAUAUAUUUUCUUAGCAUAUUUUGUUUUUCACUCUUAACUCACAUGUGUAAGCAGAUUAGCUUCUCAACUUUUUUUAAGACACUCCCAUAUAGUUUUGGACCGUCGAUUCUACAUGAUCCAAGAGUCCACAUUCAUCAUGCCUCAUAGGAGGUAAUAGUUUAUCCACUACCAAGGGAGUAGCAAUAAUGAAGUAGACAUCAUAUUUCAUAUGCCAUUAAAAACAUGACCUAUCUAGUAUACUAAAUAAAUUUCAGUGUCUAUAAUUUAUUUUUAGAUAUAAGCUCUAAAUAUUUGAAGAGUUAUGAACAUUAAAAAAUUCUACAAGUCUGAAAUUUUAUUAAUCAAGAUAUUCAUAUUA